GUGCUGACAAUCGUUCAUCAUGACGCUGAAGAACCGACAGAUGUUAGGCGUUUCGAAAUUGCUGGAUCUUACAUCCGGAAUAUUACAUACAAAGGUGCUACAGAGGCACACCUGAUGGCUCUGAUUGACUUAUCCUUUUCCUGUCAGCAGUACAUCAAAUGGGCAUGUAAAGGAUCUAUGUUUGGAUUUUGGUAUCCGGGUGACCUAAAUAGUUGGUGGGUGGGAAGGAACUGGAAAAACCAGUAUUACUGGGGUGGAGCUGAAACGGACAGCAGAAGUUGUGGAUGUCAUCCUUAUUGUUAUCCUACUCCCAGAAACAGCACUUGCAACUGUGAUGCUAAGUUGAAAUUAAAAUGGUUGGAGGAUUCAGGACUUCUUCUGGAUUCUAGCCGUCUUCCAGUGCUACAAUUAAGAUUCGGAGAUACAGGCGAACUAAGCGAAGCUGGACAACACACACUUGGACCUCUCAUUUGCCGAGCUGCCGGUCAUAGAGAUAUCUUCAUGGGCAUCUUCAAGGCUCCCUACAAACUUACCACUCCUGGUUAUAAUGAGGGAAAAUACCCCCCACCGUUCCAUCGGUAUACUUGGACAAUAAAAAUUCCUGAAGGAGAAACGAUGGAACUGGUUUUUCCAGAAUACGAUGUAGUACAUUAUGGGUCUUACAAUGCUGUUCCGGACUGCCGAAGUGUUGUCACUGUUCGUGCAGAAGAAGCUAACGCUAGAGAAACUGUGGUCAUCAUGAGGCAGAAAAGUCCUCCGUACUAUGCCUCAGAAGGAUCACAAACAACAGUUAAUAUUACUUUUACUACGUGCAAUCAGGAUUCAAAGAUAAAAAAUGGAAAAGGCUUUAAAGCGUAUAUUAGAAGAACUGAAUGCGCUGGAUGUAAUCCUGGAUUAGGCCAAAAUAAAGGUACUACGACCUGUACUGCAGGAUGUGGAAUCAUUGCUUCAGAAGAGUAUCCUUUUCCGCCUCAUUACUACUUUUCUUCAGAGGCUUACAGCGACUACAACCACACUUGGGUUUUGAGGGCUCUGCACACCACGAAUGUGGUGGAAUUGGAGUUCAGCGAUUUCGACAUACCAGCUGCACCAGGAACGAGGAACUGCACCCCCGACAGGGGAGUACUUUGGGUUUACAACGGAGAAGGUACAUCAAGGGAGAAUCUUAUUGGAGGAUACUGUAACUUAAAUCGAGAAGGGAUACUAUACUCAACUACCAACAUCAUGACUCUAGUAUUUUCUACGAAGUGGCGAAAAGUGGGCAAUGGAAGAGGUUUCUAUGCAGUAUACAGAAGUGUGUUUUCACCAACGUCGAAGAAAAAUAUAAUUAAUACCGCAUUCCCAAAUGUCUCUGAAGGAAAACCGGCUAAACAAUCUAGUACACUCAAUGGUCGAAAAGCUAACUUGGGAGUUGAUGGCUUAAUUGACACAGCAAAGAAAUCUGUUCAUUGCACUGCCACUGAAUUCGAAAGAGAUCCUUGGUGGCAAGUGAAUCUGCAGAAACGUUACCUUGUGUAUGGAUUUGAACUGUACAGCACCAAGAGUGAAUCACAGAAUAAAAACACCAUAGCCAAAAUGUGGCCCGAUGGGCAGUAUGGCUUACCCAUGUCUCAGUCUGGCUGUCCUCUUGGAACAGGUUUUCACUGGAGGACAGGUUAUCGCUACCAUGAUACGCACUAUGAAACUGUUCAAGAUGCCAAAGUCAAUCACUGGACACCUGGAAUGCUUUUGGAAGGUGGUCUUCAGAGAAAAUUUUCAAGUGGUGUAAAUCAAAGAAGUGGCGUACUUCAACAUUUCUGCAUGAAAACUCAAACUCUAUCAUCCUCAGCUGGAUCACCACGAGAAUGGCCACCAGGAGAGUAUUGUAUCUACCAGUAUGGUAUUCGAUGUCCACUAGGUUUCGAAAGCGGUUAUAUCACAUUGCGAGAUACCUUGGAAAUGUUAUCGGAUAGCCGAGUUUCUGGCAGCUAUCCUCGUGGUAGCUAUACACAGCAAACCACUAGAAUCUAUUUCUGCUGCAGAAAUGAUGGAAGCGCGGAAAAUCUUAUCAAACUCCCUACAAGCGCUCCUUUCUACUUGUUUAGGUAUGGAAAAUCGUGCCAAAAAGUGGAAGGAAUGUCAGAAAUGGAGCAGUAUUUUCAUUUUAACGAAGAUAUUGCUCCAUGGGCAUCCUACCCUUGGGAACAGGAGGAGAAGAUUGAUGGCGUACCAAAAUACAUGGAACCUCACCCAAAGGUGGAUAAAAGCGGAUUUGAGAAGGGGAUUGCUCUUUUUUAUUGUUAUUAUGAUAUCACUCAGAGUUUACGGGGUUUUCGCGUAACUGUGGACGAAUCAGGACUUGUAAAUACCUAUGCACGUUAUUACGACGACUUGUCUUAUGGAAUUCCUCAUACAGAAGUGGGUGGAUUUUUGAAUGCAUACAUGUGUUCGAUAUAUCCUGUAAUGAAUCCAGAAUUCUCCGUUCUAAAAGUGAAUUGUUCGCAACCAAUACAUGGGCAAUACGUCACAAUACAGAUGUUCAACAGAUUCGAUAGUCUUCAGUUCUGCGAAAUGAAAGUUUUCGGAACAGAGUCGUGCGGCCAGCCUCUUGGAAUGGCAUCUGAAGAAAUAUUUGACAUCCAAAUCAGCGCGUCUUCUAGCGAUGACUGGGAUCAUUAUUAUUACACUAAUGGCAGAUUAAAUGCUGACCAUGGAUGGUGCGCAGCGUCCAAUGAUUCUUUAAAACAAUUUACGGUAGACCUACAAAAUAUGACUGUGGUGACUGGUAUUGUACUCCAAGGUGUGAAUGGGGCUCCAAAACGAAUUGCUGUGAAAUCGUUUUACCUUUUUUUUAGUAAUGAUUCAAUCAGUUGGAAAUGGGAAGAAGAACCUGUUGGUCAGCAAAAAGUGUAUGUAUGCGAUCAAUGCGAAUCGACAGAUGUUUACACGAAUGACCUAGAGAUGAGGUUUAAUCUUUUAAAAGGUAUACCAGCUAGAAUAGUGCAAAUUAAAAUUUUGGAAUAUUAUGAACAGCCAUGUUUGCGUUUAGAAAUUCUAGGAUGCAGAGAAAAAGUUCAGUGUGGAACUACCAUGAGCACUCCUGAAGGGACUGUAGCAUCACCGAAUUAUCCAUAUUAUUAUGGCCAAGAUAAGUCCUGCUGGUGGUCCAUUGAACCAGAACCAGGGAAGCAUAUCGAGUUAAAUUUCAUUUCCUAUGAUUUGGCAGAAAAAGAAGACAUUUUAGAAUCUAGCAAGUGCCGUGAUGAACUAACUGUGUACUCUGGGUAUGGGAACAGCUCAAUUAUAAAGUCUCCUGAUGGUAAUCUAUUCCCUAAAAGGAUCAUUUCGAAUGGAAAAAUGAAGAUUCACCUCCAGAGCUGUUUCAGAUACUCUCGAAGUAGAUACAGAGGAUUCUUUGCUCAUUAUAAAUCAGUAGAUUGCCCGGGAUGUGGAGUCGGAAAUUUUCAGUGUUCUGAAAUGCAGGUCUGUGAAUCUACAUGUGGAAAGAUACUGUCUAUUGGCUAUCCUCUGAAUUAUGAAAACAAUCACCGCUGUACCUGGUUAAUAAAGGCCGAUGUUUCCCAUUUCAUUAACCUGACUUUCCAGGAUUUUGACAUAAUUGGUGGAGAAAACUGCCAGUAUGAUUAUUUAGCGGUAUAUGAUGGGAAUACGAAAGACAAAUCCCAUCUAAUUGGUAAAUUCUGCAACGCCAAGAAACCUAAAAUGGAAAUAGUUUCUAGCUGGAACACACUCCUGUUGGAAUUUUCAUCAGAUGCAGAAGUUACCGGAAGAGGAUUCUUUUUGAAAUUUUCCUCCAAUAAUUUUCGAAGGCCAGCUGAUGUUUAUGAUGUAGAUGAUGAUCUCACAUGCCCAAAACCUUGGAAGUACUACAAUGGCUAUUGUUACAAUGCUUUUCACGAAAGCGAGGCCCUACAGUGGUAUGAAGCGGAAGCCAAGUGUAGGAAGCUUGGUGCAAAGCUUAGUGGAGACCAGAAAACUGGACACCUUGUCAGUAUAUUGGACAAUAAAGAAAAUACCGUUGUACAUCAUUUCCUCACAGAGUACUGGAAAGCAAAACACAAAUCCCUAUACAUUGGUCUCAACGAUGAACUCAAGGAAGGUGUGUACCGAUGGAGUGAUGGAAAUCCCAUGAUAUAUACUGAUUGGGCUCCCGCUGCCCGCAGCCUGCUAACUCAACCAGAUGGUGGUGCAUACCAAGACUGUACCAUGUUGAGGGUGGAUAGUGGUCAUUCAACAGCCCACUGGCAUGACAUACCAUGUUCACUAGGAAAGCUGGCUUUCCACAAUUGGGAUGGUAUUGAUUGGGGAGACCAAGAUCCAAGCAAACCAGAGGGCGAAAGAGAAAUUCUAUCUUCCAUCAGUAGUUAUAUUUGCAAGAUGCAAAGCGAUAUACCAGCUGGAAAGGUAGAGAGCUUGUCAGUUCUUCGUUCCCAGAAUAAUACAGAAACUAUCCCGGCAAACUUGAAGAAAGAAAAGUACUUUGUAUGCAGAAACAAAGAAAUAAUAUCAACGCAAUUUGUAUGCAACUUAGCUGAAGAUUGCAGAGACGGGAGCGAUGAAGAAACUUGUCCUCCGCAUGAAUGCCUACAAAGUAGUUUUCGCUGUCAUAAUACGAAAUGUGUCUCUAUUGCUGCAUAUUGCGAUUACAAAGAUGACUGUGGUGACCUGUCUGAUGAAUCACGAUGCG